CCUUCACGCUUCGCAGCAUCAUUGCCAGCUUCCUGUUUUCCAUCCUCUGCACCACGUUCCAAUUCCGCCCUUCGAUAACAUCAAAACGACUUCAUACCCGAACCGACCCCUACGAAGCACGACCACACACAGCCAUCUGCUCUGCAGCUAGUCUCGCCUGUCCCCCGGAGCUUCCUGCAGAGGCAUCAUCACAAGCUCUAUGCAACACGACGCGGACCAGACAUCACCGUCACGCCGUCGCCCACGUCUUCCCUCCUCCUCCUCGUCUCCCUUUACCGCAAAGCGACCGAAAUUUGCCGACGAACCUAGCAUGGUCAGUCCAAAAGCUAAGGGCAAGCUUCCCGCCGUUGCGGAUGCCGAUGGUGCCGGCCGCCCAUCGGCCUUUCAACCACACACUGGGGCCAAGAAGCUCGUCAUUAAGAAUCUGCGCAAACCGGCAAACCGAGAAGCCCAGGUUGAAGAAUACUACCAAAAGACCGCGGCUGAGCUGGAUGCCGCAUUGGCUGCUAUCCUCUCUGGUACUCGUCCAAACGCCCCUCUGGAACGACUGUACCGGGGCGUCGAGGAUACGUGCCGCAGAGGACGCGCUGAUGCUGUCUACAAGUUGCUAAACGACCAUAUUAUUGGGCAUCUACAAGCAACGGUACUUAAGAGAAUACGUCAAAGAGGCGACACGUCGAAUGUAAAGGUCCUUGCCAAUGUGCUCGACGAAUGGAAAAUAUGGAACAAGCAAACGGUACUUAUCCGAUCGACGUUUAGCUUCCUCGAUAGAACAUAUCUGCUGCGCGAAUCCCUGCCUUCGAUCAACGACAUGGCAAUUACCCAAUUCAGACGGAUGUUGUUCCCCUCGUCAUCAUCAACGAAUCAGAGGCCGUUUGAAGGCGAUGUCGUGAAAGGAAUUUGCGACUUGAUUGAAGCAGACAGACGUGGGAAUGAUGCUAGAGAUCCAGAGCUGCUGCGAGACUCCAUAAUGAUGCUCUAUGUUCUCGGCGUCUACACCAAACACUUUGAACCUGUGUUUUUAGCCACGUCCAAGGGGUACUUCCAAGAAUGUGGUACAACAUGGAACAUGUCGAACUUGCGGGAUCACAUUGAUUCCUGUGAAACUCUUCUACAAAGAGAGGACCAUAGGUGCAUGGCAUUCAAUAUUGACAGCACCACUGAGAAACUACUAAUGCAGACCGCGCACACCGUUCUGAUCGAGGAGUACGCUGACAAGCUUCUGCAUAAAGAGAGCUUGUCACAACUGUUGGAGGAUAAGGACAUACGGUCUAUGAAGGGCUUAUAUGAGCUGUUGAAGCUUUCCAACCUGCAGCUGAGGAUGAAGCAACCCUGGGGCGAGUAUGUCAGAGUCACUGGUGCCAGCAUCAUUGGUGAUAAAGAAAAGGGUGAGGAGAUGGUAAUUCGUUUGCUUGACCUACGCCGAAGCUUGGACUUGUUUAUCAGAGACUCUUUUGUCAAGGAUGACGCCUUUUUGUACGAAAUGAGAGAAGCGUUUGCCAAGUUCAUGAAUGACCGGCAGAUUGCCUCCUGUUGGAACAGUGGCACUUCCAAGAUUGGUGAAAUGACUGCCAAACACGUUGAUAUGUUGCUCAGAGGUGGAUUGAAAGCUUUGCCUAAGCAGCUGCUCUCUGAUGUGCAGGAUCGUGCCACUGCCGAAAAGGAAGGUCUGUCGAGUACUGGCGACGAGGAUGCAGAGCUAGACCGUCAGCUUGACCAAGCUUUGGAACUGUUUAGAUUCAUCGAAGGCAAAGAUGCCUUUGAAGCCUUUUACAAGAAGGAUCUGGCGAGACGUCUGCUCAUGGGCCGCAGUGCCAGCAAAGACGCUGAGCGAAACAUGCUCACAAAGCUGCGUGGUGAAUGCGGUGCCAACUUUACGCACAACUUGGAGCAAAUGUUUAAAGACCAAGACAUUGCAAAGGAUGAGAUGGACUCAUUCAGAGAGUAUAAUGAGUCUCUGGGAGAAGAUAAACCAUCCAUUGAUUUGCAGGUCAUGGUUUUGUCGGCUGCCGCUUGGCCGACGUAUCCCGAUGUGCCUAUUACGGUGCCCGCAGCUGUCGCGAAGCAAAUGGAGCGAUUCGAUGGCCAUUACAAGAGCACACAUACUGGCCGUGCAUUGAAAUGGAAACACUCCUUAGCGCACUGCUCGGUCAAAGGUGUCUUUCCCAAGGGCUCCAAAGAGUUGUUGGUGUCUGCUUUCCAGGCCAUUGUGCUUCUGAUGUUCAACAGAGUGGGUAAUGACGACGCCCUGUCGUACGACGAGAUAUCCGAGGGCACUGGUCUCAAGGAUGGUGACUUGGAGCGUACGCUACAAUCUCUUGCCUGUGGCAAAGUCCGUGUGCUCACCAAGCACCCCAAAGGGCGCGAUGUCAAGACAACGGAUACGUUUACUUUUAACAAGACGUUUUCGGAUCCCAAAUACCGCGUCAAGAUUAACCAAAUCCAGCUGAAGGAAACUAAAGAGGAAAACAAAGCCACUCAUGAAAGAAUCGAACAGGACCGCCGGUUCGAGACCCAAGCUGCGAUUGUCAGAGUUAUGAAGAGCCGUAAGACCAUGGGCCACUCGGAGCUGGUGGCAGAGGUCAUCAACCUGACGAAGAAGCGAGGUAGUGUCGAGCCUGCUGCUAUUAAGAAGGAGAUUGAAAGUCUUAUUGAUAAGGAUUAUCUGGAGAGAGAGGGCAAUACCUAUACCUACCAAGCGUAGAAGGGGCCAGCACUUGGUUGCGUCAGAGAGGACUGUUUUACUAAUGACGCCAUGAUUUGUUUAAUUUGGGUUUCAUUUCAUCUUCAAAAAUAUAAUAUAAAUAAUUAUUUUUCUCUAAAUCUCAC